AUGGCGUCCACGGGAAGUACACCAUUUCCUAAAUGGCAACUGGCUAUUCUUCUCGGUGCCCCUUUGGCUAUCGGCUUAGGUUACCUCUAUUUGAGAAAUAGGCUCGAAGAUCCUGAGAAAAAGAAGGAAGCUGAACUCAAAGCGAAGACAACCAUUUCCUUAGACAAUGAAGAAAACGUUAAAGCAACGGAAAGUGCUAUAGAUCGCGCCAUGAAAUUAAAGGGUGCCGGAAACCGUGCAUUUCAUGCUGGCGAAUACGACAAAGCUAUCUCUUUGUACAAUGAAGCCAUCGAAGCCUGCCCUCCUGAUCGCCAUGUAGACCUGGCUACAUUCUAUCAAAACCGUUCUGCCUGCUACGAAAAACGAGAGAUGUGGGAUCAAGUUAAAGAAGAUUGCACUUUUGCUUUGAAACUCAAUGAAAAAUACGUUAAAGCGUACUUACGAAGGUCUCGUGCAGCAGAGAAGAGCGGUGAUCUAGUUCUGGCAUUAGAAGAUGUAACUUCAGCAUGCAUUUUAGAACGUUUCCAAGUUCAAAGUUCAUUAGUGAACGCUGAUCGCAUUUUGAAAGCUUUAGGAAGGCAACAUGCUAGAGAAGCUCUAGCGAAAAGACACCCGGUGAUGCCUUCAAAGCAUUUUAUCAAAACUUACUUUUCUGCGUUUUCAGAGGAUCCCUUAGGGAAAAUUCAUAUCGAUGAAAAAGAAACUGGAGGUUUUGCUAAAGCAAAACAUGCUCUUGAUAACCAAGAUUAUGAUGCCAUCGUUGAUGCUUGUACAGAAGAGUUGGAAUCCGAAGGAAAAUAUAAAUUUGAGGCCCUGCUAUUGCGAGCUACUUUCUAUCUCCUUCUUGGUAGACAUGAGGAAGCUCAAGACGAUUUGGGUAAAGUCAUAGAAAGUGAUGCUUCCACUAAGGUGAAAGUGAAUGCUUUAAUCAAACGUGCAUCUCUGUACACACAGUUAGAGAACACAGAAAAGUGCCUUGAGGACUUUGCUAAUGCUGCCCAGUUGGAUUCAAGUAAUUCAGAUAUAUACCAUCAUCGUGGCCAAGUAUAUCUCUUGUUAGAAAAGAUGGAUGAAGCCACAUCAGAAUUUGCCAAGGCAGUGGAACUUAACCCUGACUUUUCUAUUGCUUAUAUACAGAAGUGUUAUGCGGAUUAUAGGCAUGCCCAGCUACAUAAGAAUAUCGGAGCUCUAACACAAGUAAGGGCUGAUUUUGAACGUGCCCUGGAAAGAUUCCCAAGGUGUGCUGAAGCUUACAUUUUAUAUGCUCAAGUGCUGUCAGAUCAGCAAGAAUGGGGCAGAGCUGAGGCCCUAUUUGAUUCUGCUUUAGCAGUAGAUCCAAAUAAUGCUACACUUUAUGUGCACAAGGGACUUGUUCAGUUACAGAAGAGUACUGACUUUGACAAAGCUGUGAAGUUAAUUAAUAAAGCAAUAGAAAUGGAUGAUAAAUGUGAUUUUGCUUAUGAAACACUUGGCACUAUAGAAGUACAAAGGGGAAAUCUGAGGCGUUCUUUGGAACUUUUUGAGAAGGCGAUUGCUCUGGCCAAAACAGAACUGGAAAUGACACACCUAUUCAGUCUAAAAGAUGCAGCAGCCGCACAACUAAAGGUAUCAGAACGUUGGGGUCUCGAUUGGACUGUGAGCUAG